AUUUAUAGUACCAGGAAAUUGUGUCUCGUAGUAAAAAUGAGUGCUUCUUGGGGACUUGUAUUUAGAAACUGUAUACUGCAAGUCUCAAGUCAGGUUAGUUUGACAUGUCUUAUUACUGGGCCUCACGCGCAGAUACAGGCGUAGAUUUGGUAAUAAUUCUACAGGAUUGGCUCACGAGGGCUAGUGAGGAGGUAAUGCGGAAGCAUGUGGAGUAUGUGCAGCCGCAGUGUGAAAAUGAUCGCAAUGCCGCGAGCAUGACUGGAGCUCAGUGAGUGAGAGAUGAUUCAUUCAGCCAGGCCGCUUUACCACGUAUGGGCGGAACGUUCCGCACGAGGGGCCGAAACGCAGCGCGCCUAUUGGCCGAGAGCGCCGGUGAUUGACGUGAGGCAGCCCAGCCCAUCUUCUGCCCUGGUUAUUGGCACUUUAACGAAUCCCGGCCACUGCCUCGGUGUCUGUGCGCGUUGACAGACCGAUGAGACUGUUUUAAAUAGUCUGUCGCUUCGUUUUCAGCGUCUUUGUCACAUCGCCCGUGGUAAUUAGCUACUGAAGUGGACUAUUCUGACUCAAGGAAUGCUAGAUUAAGUGCUGUUGCAAAUGCACUUCUGGUGAACUUCUCGUCCUCGGCCAAUCUGUCUUCUAGGUUUGUAACCAUGGCUGAGAAACGACGGUCACCGUGUACUAUGAGCCUCAAAGCGCACGCAUUCUCGGUAGAAGCGCUUAUUGGCACGGAGAAAAAAAGAAAGCUGGAGGAGGACAACGAAAACUGUUUUGAGGAGGUAAACGAGGUGUCGAGCCUGACAGAAAGUCCGCAACCCCAGACUAGGAGAACUUGUCCCAGCACCAGGAGUUGCGAUAUAGACUGCGCAAGCGACGAAUCCCCGGAGUCUGAGGACGUGUUGUUGGAUAGCCCACAGCCUGCACCCCAGGGCGCGCAGCUCCUCGCGCAAUCAGGCACGAGCUCCGGAGAGGAGAUGCGCGUGGAUUUGCAGGGCUCAGACUUAUGGAAGCGCUUCCACGAGAUAGGAACCGAAAUGAUCAUCACCAAAGCCGGCAGGCGAAUGUUUCCCGCGAUGAGGGUUAAGAUUGCGGGACUGGAUCCUCAUCAACAGUAUUAUAUUGCGAUGGAUAUUGUUCCUGUCGACAACAAACGGUACAGGUACGUCUACCACAGCUCGAAGUGGAUGGUAGCGGGUAACGCCGACUCUCCUGUCCCUCCGCGCGUCUACAUCCAUCCUGAUUCGCCUGCUUCCGGUGAGACGUGGAUGCGGCAGGUUAUAAGCUUCGACAAACUCAAACUGACCAAUAAUGAGCUCGACGACCAAGGCCAUAUCAUUCUGCACUCCAUGCACAAGUACCAGCCCCGUGUCCACGUCAUCCGUAAGGAGUGUGGUGAAGCUUCGCCCGUUAAGGCAGUUCCCACUGGGGACGGUGUCAAAGCAUUCUCUUUCCCUGAAACUGUCUUCACAACGGUGACUGCAUACCAAAACCAACAGAUAACAAGACUGAAGAUCGACAGGAAUCCAUUUGCAAAAGGAUUCAGAGACUCAGGAAGAAAUAGGAUGGGACUAGAGGCUCUGGUUGAGUCGUAUGCGUUCUGGCGGCCCUCUCUGAGAACUCUGACAUUUGAGGACAUCCCUGGAAUCACUAAACAAGGUGCAGCUGGUUCUCACGGUGUUGUUGGUUCUUCAGCACACACACAUCUGCUGUCCUCGUCCUCCUGCUCUUCCCCUACAUUCCACCUGGGUUCCGGGGCGGGGCCAGUGUGCGAUUACUCCACCUGCAGUCGAACAAGCCACCCACUCCACCGCUACGCCCCUCCCCUCUCCGCAGACUCCUACAGUCGACUGGCCAGCCCCGCAGCAGAUGCGUUUUCCACUACUCGGAGCUCCACGUAUGUGAGCGGGACCGAAGGUGAAGCGUUCUCAUGCGCACAGACUGGCCUGCCGAUCCAGAUCCACAGCAUGCCAAGCACAACCUCCCAGCUGCAGUACCUAAUGCCCGGCCAUACCCAUAAUGCAUUUUCCACCAACCAGAGCACACAGGGAUCCUAUAAUGGGUUCCGCCUGCACAGCCCGUAUGGUCUCUAUGGUUACAACUUCUCCACUUCUCCCCGCUUGGCCACCAGCCCUGAAAAGGCGGCCGCCACGCAAAGUUCAUUCCUUGGCUCCUCCCCUAGUGGGACGCUGACGGACAGGCAGGUUCUAUCCUCUGUGGACGGUCUGCACAUGCUCAGUAGUAGUCAACAGAACCUUUUUGACUCACGGACUUUGGGGCUGACAAGCUCCACCUCCCAGGUGACAGCCCACAUGGCUUGACCUGUGACCCAAAAACUUUGACGGACUUCAAAACUCAGCUUUCUUUGAGUAUAAACCAGUUUUUGGGACUAGUCACAUGCAUAAUUUAUAAUCCGUCGGAAGAGUUGAGAGAGGGAUAUACUGCUAUGAUGAGCAAAAGAAACAGAUGUACACAAUGUAAAGAACUGAGAGCAAUCUGCAAUAUCAUUUAUGUUUUGUGAAAAUGACAGCUGAAGAUCACAUUGAGGAUAUUUUUAAAAGACUUUAUAUCGUUAAAAUCAUUCUGAUGAAGCAGCACAGACCCUUAUUGGACACCAGGGUAUGGAAAUGCCUGAAGAAUCACGCGGGAAACCUAGAAAACACUUUACAGACACUCUUGCGCACAAUCCUGCUCAGUUUCACGGAAUGAAAGGACAUCAGCCAUCGGAUCUCAUCAAGGUUCAAUGAGACCCCUGAACUGCUGCUAGGAGUGUGAGGACUUUAACAGAUGACUUUUGUGAGGCUGGACUCAGCAUCUUAUGGACAAUAAAACAGAGUUUGGCACUUAAGAGUGAGCAGACUGAAAAAAAGACAGGAAGUGAUGUCACAAAGAAGUAUGAAACUAGCUUUGAUGACUUGAAUUUUUAACUACAUGAUUUGCUAGGUGACAAUCAGGUAACUGAGGUUUUGAGGACAUCCGAUCAGCAUUUAUGGCAGAUAAUGUGGUUUAAUCUGAAACUGGACAAGAAAAAACUAAAUGUGGGCUUGUGUUUACAAAUUCUCUCCAAGUCGAAGGGUUUUUGUCUGGAUCAGCGCCGCUGUCUGAGUCUUGGAACAGACAGGGCCGAAUGACAUCUGAUCUGAGAUGAUAAUUCUCACACUUUAUAAAUACAACCAUUGGCAUUCUUCAGAAGGAUUAUAGUCCUGCCAUGAGAUACAUGCUGAUUCCAGGUCAGCUGUCUCACUCUGAAUCCAAGACUGAAAUGAACGCUUUUCCUUUGCUGACAUGUUAGCUUUUGCUAAUUACUUAUUAAAUGUAAUUUUUCACAAAUAUGGAGAAUAUGAAUAUUAUUGAUACUGUGUACAAAUUUCACUUGCACUUAUGGCAAUUUUAAAUACUUGCAUUUUAAUAUUCAGGCUUUUUUGCCAGAAUGGCCACAAUUGACACUUCCUCCAUGUUUGACUCUUGUUGGCCUGAUAAUUAGAAAACCCUUUGAGCCAAAUAAAAUAUAUAUCCAUAUGGCAAAGGAUAAUCGAGGAGUUUAUGCAUGUGUUUCAGCAUCAGAUGCUUCUCUUGGGGUCAGGCAAAGGUUCUGAAUGCCUAACAAAUGAAAAAUACCACCAGGGGCUCCUAGAGAGGCACACACACGCAAACAGAAUGCAUUCACGCGCAUGAAAGACAUAAAGUUUGAACUUGCAACCUUACAGUUUAAACAAUUAAAUGUGAAAUGAGAAAAACAAAGUGUUUGCGCUUUUGU